AUGGAUGUGAUCAGACGCGAGGCGGAAGGUUGUGACUCAUUGCAAGGUUUCCAAAUCACUCACUCGCUCGGCGGUGGUACGGGGUCCGGUAUGGGUACCUUGCUGAUUUCUAAGAUUAGAGAAGAGUUCCCCGACAGAAUGAUGGCCACCUUCUCUGUGGUUCCAUCGCCAAAGACUUCCGAUACUGUGGUGGAACCAUACAACGCGACUUUAUCCGUGCAUCAGCUGGUCGAACAUUCUGACGAGACUUUCUGUAUUGAUAACGAGGCGCUAUACGACAUCUGUCAAAGAACAUUGAAAUUGAGCCAGCCUUCUUACAGCGAUCUGAACAAUCUGGUAUCGAGUGUCAUGUCCGGUGUGACCACGUCGCUGCGUUACCCCGGUCAGUUGAACUCUGACUUAAGGAAAUUAGCUGUCAAUUUGGUCCCAUUCCCUAGAUUGCACUUCUUCAUGGUUGGUUACGCUCCUCUAACUGCGAUUGGAUCUCAGUCGUUUAGAUCUUUGACCGUACCGGAGUUGACGCAACAGAUGUUUGACGCCAAGAACAUGAUGGCUGCCUCAGAUCCCAGAAACGGAAGAUAUCUAACUGUGGCAGCUUUCUUUAGAGGUAAAGUAUCUGUCAAGGAAGUCGAAGAUGAAAUGCACAAAGUGCAAACGAGGAACUCUUCCUAUUUUGUUGAAUGGAUCCCCAACAAUGUACAAACAGCGCUAUGUUCUGUCCCACCAAAGGGUUUAGAUAUGUCUGCCACUUUCAUUGGUAACUCUACAUCAAUUCAAGAACUAUUCAAGAGAGUCGGUGAUCAGUUCAGCGCCAUGUUCAAGAAGAAGGCCUUUUUGCAUUGGUAUACAAGCGAAGGGAUGGACGAACUGGAGUUUUCCGAAGCAGAAUCCAACAUGAAUGAUUUGGUCAGUGAAUACCAACAGUACCAAGAAGCUACGGUCGAGGAUGACGAAAAUGUAGAGUACGCCACCGAUGAUCAACCAAUUGCUGAAACUUUCGAAUAA